GGGAGGGCCUUCAGAGCCAGGGGAAAACGUGGCACAGCAGAAAGCAUUGUGUUCUCAGCUGCUUCCCAGCAGUACCCGCAGAGAGAGAUCAAUGCAAAGAGACAGCUGCUGAUUGAGAGGAAAGAAGUGUUUGUGAAGAGGUGGGGGGGGGGGGGUGCAAGAGCGGAGGGAGUCGAAGAGAAAGAGAAGGUGCGGACUUCAAACAGAGCAGGGUUUGCGGUAAAGGGUGAGACGGAGCUCGCUGGCUGGUGCUGCCCUGGGGAGGCGAAAGAGUAAAUUACUGUUCUGCUGCGUUUUUUCCGCGGUUGCCGUGCGCAGCCCUUCUUCUGCUGUCGGUCGGACAAAGCGUGCGUGCACGGCACUCUGGCGCAGCCCCCCCCGCAGUUAACUCUCGCUGAGCUGACGGAAGAGCCCACUGCCGGGGGCCUCAGGAGAGCAGAAGGCAUCGUGUGCGGGAAAUGUCAAAACUCAUAACCAGACGGCAGAGGUGCCACUCCCUCUCAGAUGGUUCCGAAGAGACCAAUGGUUUGCAACUGGAGCCGGAACCGGAGGACCUGGACUGGGAUAACUUUAGUAUGACCCUGCAAGAGCGCUUGGCAGCUGGACAGGAGAGCCUGCAGGACACAGAGCAGCGCUGUGCCCAGCUGACCAAGGCCAAGAGGGAGCUGGAGGUGCAGGUGGCAGGUCUGAGCGAGCGUCUGGAGGAGGAGGAGGGCUGCGCAGCCCAGCUGGCAGUGCAGAGACACCGGCUGGAGGCUGAGUGCUGCAGUCUGAGGCGUGACCUGGAGGAGCUGGAGAACACGCUGGGCUCGGUGGAGAAAGACAAGCAGUCUUCAGACUUAAAUGUCCAGAAGCUGUCAGCGGAGCUUUCGCAGCGAGAAGACGUUAUACAGAAGUUGCAGAAAGAGAAGGAACACCUGGUGGAGCUGAGCCAGCAAGCUAUUGAAGACCUGCAGUCUGAGGAGGAGACAGUAAACCUCUUAACCAAAGAGAAGGCCAAGUUACAGGUGCAAGCAGAAGAUCUGGAGUACCUACUGGAGCAGGAGAGGAAACAGAGGAGCGACCUAGAGAAAAGCCGCAGGAAGCUGGAGGGGGACAGCAAGAUGACCAUGGAGAACCUCGGCGAGAUGGCGAAGAUGAAGAGCAGCCUGGAAGAGGUCAUCAAAAGGAAAGAUCUGGAGAUAAAUGCUACCAGCAGUAAGCUGGAGGAGGAGGAGGCCCUGAAUAUCAGUCUUCAGAGGAGGAACAAGGAGUUCCAGGCUCGCAUUGAGGAGCUGGAAGAAGAGCUGGAGACAGAGAAAGCUAUGAGGGCUAAGGUGGAGAAGCAGCGCUCUGACCUGACCCGUGAACUGGACGAGCUGACUGACAGGCUGGAGGAGGCAGGGGGAGCCACCGCUUCCCAGAUGGAGGUGAACAAGAAGCGCGAGGCGGAGCUGCAGCGUUUGCGGCGGGAGCUGGAGGAGGCUUCCCUGCAAUCUGAGUCCCUGGGGGCCUCCCUGCGGAAGCGCCACGGGGAGGCGUUGGCGGAGCUGGGGGAGCAGUGCGAGAGCCUGCAGAGGACCCGUGCCAAACUGGAGAAGGAGAAGCAGAACCUCCGUUUGGAGGUGGAGGAUCUGGCCGCCUCGGUGGACAACCUCCAGAAGGCCAAGGCAUCCAGUGACACCCAGCUGCACAAGCUAGAAGACUUGCUUACCGAGGCCAACUCCAGGAAUGAGGACCUGCAGAAGGCGCUGACUGAGGUGAACGUUGCCAAGAACCGGCUGACAGCUGAUAACAACGACCUCAGUCGUCAACUGGAGGAUGCAGAAAACCGAGCCGGCCAGAUGAGCAGGACCAAAACCCUGCUGGCAUCUCAGAAUGACGAGCUCAAGAAGCAACUGGAGGAGGAGAUAAAGACAAAGAUGGCACUGAGCAGCAGUCUGAGCACCUUGAGGCAGGAUUCUGAGCUCCUAAAGGAACAACUGGAAGAAGAGCAGGAGAGCAAGUUGGAGCUGCAGCGUUUGGUGUCCAAGCUAAACAGUGAGGUCACACACUGGAGGACUCGCUAUGAGGCUGAUGCCAUCCAGCACACAGACGAGCUUGAGGACGCCAAGAAGAAGCUGUCAUCCCGGCUGCAAGAAGCUGAGGAAGCUGUAGAGGCCACUCAAGCCAAGUGUUCUAACCUGGAGAAGACCAAACAGAGGCUACAGGGAGAGGUGGAGGAGCUCUGUCUGGAUCUUGAAAAGGCAAAUGGCUCGGCAACAGUUCUAGACAAAAAGCAGAAGGUCAUGGAGAAGCAGCUCUCUGACUGGAGGCAGAAGUGUGAGGACCUGGUGUCAGAGGUGGAGGGCUGCCAGAAGGAGAGUCGCCAGCACGCCACUGAGCUUUUCAAGCUGAAAACGACCUACGAGGAAGCUCUGGAACAGGGGGAGGCCCUACGUAGGGAGAACAAAGCCUUCCAGGAAGAGAUAGCUGAUCUCACAGACCAGCUUUCUGAAGGCGGGAAGAGUGUGCACGAGCUGCAAAAAACUAAGAAGAAAAUGGAGAUGGAGAAGGAGGAGCUUCAGGCUUCGCUUGAGGAGUCUGAGGCUGCGCUGGAGGCAGAGGAGACGAAGGUCCUGCGUCUGCAGCUGGAGCUGUCUCAAGCCAAGGCGGAGACGGAGCGCAAGCUGCAGGAGAAGGAGGAGGAGUUUGAAGCAGCCAGAAAAAACUACCAAAGAACUCUGGAGUCCCUGCAGGCUAGCCUGGAUGCCGAGGUGAAAGGUCGCACAGAGGGAGUGCGGGUAAAGAAGAAGCUUGAGAGUGACCUCAGUGAGCUGGAGCUCCAGUUGGAUCUGCUGACUAAGAACAAUGGGGAGCUGAUGAAGACCAUCAAGAAAAUGCAGCAGCAAAUCAAGGACCUGCAGGCUCAGAUGGAGGAAGAUUCACAUCAGCAUGUGGAGCUGCGUGAGGAGCACGCCUUGUUGGAGCGCCGCUGCACCCUACUGGUGGGUGAGAGCGAGGAGACGCGCGCUGGGCUGGAAGCUGCAGAGCGGGCCCGCAAGGCCCUGGAGACGGAGCUGCUGGAGAUGACUGAGAAGUACAACGAGAUCAACAGCCAGUUCCAGUCAGCUAACAGUGGGAAAAGGAAGCUGGAGGCAGACUUGCAGCAGCUCACACAAGAGCAUGAGGAACUACAUGGCGAGGUGCGAGCAGCCAAUGAUAAGGCAAAGAAAGCCACGUUUGAGGCUGCCCGGGUUGCGGAGGAGCUGCGUCAUGAGCAGGAACACACGCUGCAGUUAGAGAGGGUGAAGAAGGGCCUGGAGGCUCAGGUCAAGGACAUGACUGUGCGGUUGGAUGAGGCAGAGCAGCUGGCCCUGAAGGGUGGCAAGAAAAUCAUUCAGAAACUGGAAGGAAAGGUGAAGGAACUGGAGUUAGAUCUGGAUACAGAGCAGAAGAGGCAUGCUGAAACCGUGAAGACCCUUCGGAAGAAUGAACGCCGUCUGAAGGAGCUCCUCUUCCAGUCAGAGGAGGACCAGAAGAACCACCAGAGAAUGCAGGAGCUGGUGGAGAGGCUGCAGAACAAAAUGAAGGCCUACAAGAGACAAGUGGAGGAAGCGGAAGAGCAGGCAAACAUGAAUCUGGCCAAGUACAGAAAGACAGUCCAUGAGUUAGAUGAUGCUGAGGAGCGGGCCGACAUUGCAGAGUCUGCACUCACCAAGAUCAGGACCAAGAACCGAGGGAGUUUUGGCAAGGGCUAUUCCUCCGGUUACAGCACUCCAUUUCCUGGCGUCGUCAGGUCACCAAGUUCUGUCGGGUCAGAGGGCCGAGGAGAAAAGAUCAUCAAUGACGAUGACUCAGUCAGUUCUCUCAUUCCUGCCUAUCUCAACUCACUGAAGAAACUCAUGAUUGAGUAACAUGUCUACGCAGACAUCAAUGAAUGUGGGACAACACAAUAAGUACAAAACAUUCCAGAUGGAGCAAAAACAAAAAACAAAACAAAGACUCUCAUACAGAUUUGAUUCUCAUUUUUAAAUGUUUAUUCUUUCACAUGUUCACAGGAUCCCCUGAUUUGCUUGGUUGGUUAGGUUAAGCAUACAUCUUUCCACUUUUUAACUUGUUUGGAUGCCAUGUUGAGUACAUUAUAUAUAAUGCAGAAAUAAGAAAUUAACUACAUAUGUGAAGUAAAAAGAAAUUAAUUCAAACAACCUGUAACACAGCUAUAGCUGUGAGGAGCAUGAAAAGAAAAAUUACAUCUUAAGAGGCUAAUUCAGUUCUGUAGAUCAAAUUUCAGUUUUGUGGGUUUUCACAAUAAUGCAAAAAACAAAAGUGGAAAAAAACAGUUCAAUUGAGCUUUGUUUCUGCAAUAUAUAGUAUUGUAAUAACUAGUUAUUUUGGCUUCUUGACAACAUAUAUUUAUGUCUGUCCAAAACUGUGUCCUCUGGAACAGAUCCAAACCUAAAGUAUAAGACUGAUUCUUGAAAGCAUUUGGUGAAGGUGCCAGACAAAAUAUUAGGGAGAGCCUUUGGGAAAUGUAUUUUUACUCAAGGUAUAUGAAAAGUUUGAUCUGUUUUUUGGUUCAGGUCUUGUGUCUUUUGCCUUGUUUAUUUACAGUAAAUGCAGCAGAAUAAUGUGUGACCAUCAGAUUUUGAAUCAUUUGAUAAUAUGCAUAGUACUUACAUAUUAAUAUAUGUUCACUUCAUCCCUGGGAGAGAAAAGGAACUAAAUGAAUAAUGAUAAAAAUGCAUAAUGUAUUGUGAAAUACUGUGAACUGGUUUGAUUUGGGUCCCACAUUUGAACUGUAAAAUGGAAGCAUGGAUUGUGUUAGUGGAACAUUCAGUCGUAUUAUAAACGGGAUUACUUUUAUGUUGUCAUAUUAAUAUUUUUUAAUGUACAAAGUAAAAAAAAAUGUUCAAAGGUUUUUACUUGAUAGUUGUAUCUUCAGUAGUUUAAAGGAAUUGUAUGUCAAUUCAGGGUCCAUUUUAUACUGGAUUGUGACUUUUAAAUAAAAUUAUUUGUACCAUC